AUGAACAAUCCAGUCGAGCUACUGCAGCAGGUGCGCUCUAAUUUCAUUAUUGAGAGCGAUGUAGCCAGUGUUAAGCAGAUCAAGAGAGAUAUGAGACUUUUAACAAAGCAGAUGAGCGAGAAACAAACACAUCACGAUGAGCUUAUAAAGCAGCUACAGGCGGAGGUCGAGAGGCAACAAAACAUGGUGCAGUCACUGAUAAAGUCGUUCCAGGAGCAAAAGAACCAAGUACGGCGCGUGGAAAGUGAACUGAAUAUUCCGCAAUUGGAACAGGAAAUAGAUGAAGUGAUGAGGGAGAUUGAGCACUUGAGAUCCUCUAUUCAGAACGGAAUUUCCAGCGUAAUGGAGAUCCAAAGGAAGCUUCUUGAAGAGGAGCCCGAAACUGCGGAUAAUAAGCCAGAAGGCGAGGAAAGUAAAGUUCGGGUUCUCAAGCUGAAGAUGUUCCACUCACUAGAUCUCGCACUCUACAACGGCCAAUUGCUAGAUCUACGCCACGACGCAGCGCCACUAGACUCCUCAAACGUCUGGAAGUCCUUGUAG